AUGUCCAGUAGUAAUUUUUCUCAGUUUCUUCCAGAUGCUCCAAAGAUUCUCUCUGUGUCAGUCAGUCCCUCUGGUGAGUUAGUGGAGGGCAGUUCAGUGACUCUGACCUGUAGCAGUGAUGCUAACCCAGCAGCUAACUACACCUGGUACAAAGAGAACGAUAACUCAGCAAAAGCAUCUGGACAGAACUUCAUCAUCACUGAUGUCAGACCUGAACACAGUGGGAAUUAUUUCUGUGAAGCCCAGAACACAAGAGGACGUCGCAACUCCACCUCCCAUCAUCUCACUGUUGUGACAGGCUCAUGGAAACUUCCUGUAAUGCUCUCAGUCUCUGUUACUGCUCUGGUCAUCAUACUCCUCUUUCUCCUGCUCUGGAUUAGAAGGGCAUUGAAACACCAAUCAGAGGCUGCAGAGAGGCCAGACAAUGGAGCACAGACGGAUGAAAUUCAAUAUGCUGCUGUACAAUUUGCUACGACCCGGCCAGACUUUGCUAACUCCAACUUCAGCUCAGCUCAGCGUGACAGAUACCAGGAAGAGAGUGUUAUAUACUCCACCACUAAUGUCAGAAGUGCUAGAAGAUCAAAACACCAAGCUGCUGUGGAGGAUGCCUCUGCACUGUACAGCACAGUUAACAAACAUCCCAGAGUGUGA